GCCGCGCCUGCGCAGCAUGAGCUUUUCGUAGGAGCGGCGUAGGCGCCACCCGAACGGAGACUUCCCGCCCAAAUCCGACUGGCGUCCGGGCGACGGGUCCAGUGCUUAUCGAGGCUGUGUUGUAUUGGCAGAUUUUUCUGGGGAGAAUAUGGCUCAUAAAACAACAGGACGCAGAAAUUGUGCUAAAAACCAGAAGGAGAAAACAACCUAUGAUCCAUUGUAUGAUUUCAGUGAGGAAAAUGAGAAAAAAUUGGGUUGUAGCUAUGAGGAUGAUAAACUAGAGGAUGCUUCAUUGCCACUUGCGAGGAAACGGACAAUGUCCAGCACAGGCACUGAACAGGAAGAGGAAAUGGACGAAAUUAGCGUUGGGUAUGAUGUCAGUGAUGUGGCCACCAUGCUUGAGCGAUUUGGAGCUGAUAUUAAUAAGGCUAUCUUGGCUAAGAAGAAACGACUGGAGGUGUACACAAAAUCCUCAUUAAAGACCAGCAACCAAAAGAUAGAGCAAGUUUGGAAAGUGCAACAAGAAGAAAGGCAAAAGCUUUCGGAUGAUUAUUGUAAGCAGUUCACUGGAAUCUUCCAGCAGUGGGAGAAAGAUAUUCAGAAGGCCAAAGACCAAGAAGAGAAAAUAGAAAACCUGUUUCGGCAGCAACAGAAGCUUUUCCAGCAGAUGAGGGUGGUCCAAGGACAAAGGCUGAAGAGCAUUAAGCAGUUGUUUGACCAGUUCCUGAAGAACUUGGAGGAGCUGGAGAAAACCCACACUGAACAGCAGUCAGCCGUGCAGAGCGAGCUUCGCAAGGAGAUGGCACUCUUUCAGAAACGAAUUUUAAUGGACACCCAACAACAGGAGAUGGCCACAGUGCGCAAGUCCCUACAGUCCAUGCUGAUGUGAUGUCGUUCAGUGGAUACCCAUCCUCCACAGUGCUCAGUGGCCAUUUUACAUUAAUACCUUUUUCAGGUUGCUGCAACAAUCUCAGUUUAUUGUUAUCUCAAAGUUCAAAAUUUCUCAAUCUUCGUUUGUUAUGUCAGAGCUUGGUUAUAAAUCUGCCUUCUCAGUAUGUUUAUCUCUUCAAUACCAAGUCAUUAUGUUGAAAUUGUUAACCAGAAUAAAACAUCUUUUACUCUGCCACUUGGUUAACAGUUAUGUUUUCUUCCUAGCCUGCCCUGUAUAUCAUUAUUAUUCAGUUGCAUUAAAUGUGUAAAAUACUUUGAUCAGGGGCCUGACCAAGAUGUAGUUUCCCCUUGGUGCCCCUCCUUCUUCCCUUUCUCUGAUGAUCUACGCUCCUCUCCUAUCACAGUUCUCCUCCACCCUUUUACCUUUCUCACUCAUCUGGCUUCACCUAUCUAGUCCUAGCUAGUUACCUACCUAGCUAGUCCUGCUUCCUCUCCUUCCACCUUUAUAUUCUGGCAUCUUCCCCCAUUCUUUCCAUCCUGAAUGGUCUUUGCCCAAAAUAUUGACUGUUUAUUCAUUACCAUAGAUACUAACUGACAUGCUGAGUUCCUCCAGCAUUUUGUGCGUUGCUCUGGAUUUCCAUCUUCUGCUGAAUCU